ACGCGGCCGACUUCGUUACUACGAAUGACACAAAAACAAACGUCAACAUUUUGUUUCGUUGGUCAGCCACGUUGUUGUGAAUCACGGCUGUGUUCGUAAUAUAAUUAACCGAGAACUGAGAACUAAGAACUAAGUGAACUAAGUAUAUUGAAUUAUUUCAUCAUGGUGCUCGAUUUGGAUUUGUUUCGCAGUGACAAAGGAGGGAAUCCAGAGGCGGUCAAGGAAAACCAGAAAAAACGCUUUAAAGAUGUGGCCUUAGUUGAGACAGUCAUCAAUGAAGAUACAGAGUGGCGACAAAGACGACACCGUGCCGAUAAUUUGAACAAAGUCAAAAAUGUGUGCAGUAAGGAAAUAGGUGAAAAAAUGAAAAAGAAAGAGGCAGUGGGUGAUGUAUCCGAUGCUGUGCCAGACGAGAUACAAAAGGAUUUGACCCAAUUAACUGCAGAUAUAUUGCGUCAACUCACUGUUAAUCAAAUUAAAAAAGUACGCGUACUUAUUGAUGAGGCAAUGGUGGAAAACGAGCGCCUAUUGCAAGAAGCUGAACAAAAACGAAAUACAGCAUUACGCGAAGUUGGCAAUCAUCUGCAUGAAUCAGUACCAGUAUCGAACGACGAGGAUGAAAAUCGCGUGGAACGCACUUAUGGCAAUUGCGAAAGUAAAGCCAAAUAUUCGCAUGUUGAUCUCAUUGUCAUGAUUGAUGGUAUGAACGGUGAAAAAGGUGCCGUAGUGUCGGGUGGACGAGGUUAUUUUCUAACUGGUGCAGCAGUCUUUCUAGAGCAAGCGUUGAUACAGCAUGCUUUGCAUUUAUUACACGAGCGUGACUACACUCCCCUCUACACACCAUUCUUCAUGCGUAAAGAAGUAAUGCAGGAAGUCGCCCAACUUUCACAAUUCGACGAAGAGCUUUAUAAAGUUGUUGGCAAAGGUAGUGAACGUGCUGACGAGGGCGGAGUAGAUGAAAAAUAUCUCAUUGCUACCUCAGAACAACCAAUUGCUGCCUAUCAUAGAAACGAAUGGUUGCCAGAGGCUUCAUUACCGAUUAAGUAUGCCGGUUUGUCAACAUGCUUCAGACAAGAAGUUGGUUCUCACGGCCGUGACACACGUGGUAUUUUCCGUGUGCAUCAAUUUGAAAAGGUGGAACAAUUUGUACUUACCUCACCUCAUGAUAAUAAAUCGUGGGAAAUGAUGGACGAAAUGAUUGCAAAUGCAGAAAACUUCUGUCAGUCACUUGGUAUACCAUAUCGCAUUGUUAAUAUCGUUUCAGGAGCACUAAAUCAUGCUGCCUCUAAGAAAUUAGAUUUGGAGGCUUGGUUCAGUGGCAGUGGCGCAUUUAGAGAAUUGGUCUCAUGCUCAAAUUGUCUAGACUACCAAGCGCGUCGUUUGCUUGUGCGUUAUGGGCAAACAAAGAAAAUGAAUGCCGCGGUCGACUACGUUCAUAUGUUGAACGCAACUAUGUGCGCAACAACGCGCGUAAUAUGCGCCAUACUGGAGACACACCAAACAGAAACCGGUAUCAAAGUGCCAGAACCACUCAAAAAGUAUAUGCCCAAGAAGUAUCAAGAGGAGAUUCCGUUCGUAAAACCAGCACCAAUAGACGUCGAAACAGUUCCAAACAAAAAGAAUCCCAAUAAAAAGGAUGCAGCUGCUUAAUGGAGGGAUUUUAAAACUAUAAAGCGCACGCAUGGGUGCAACUGCUGUUAGUUUUGUAUUGCUAUUGGCAGUCUUCAAAUCAACUGGACAUUUUCUGAAGGAAAAUUCAAAUUUAAUUUAAAUAAUUAUUUAAAAUUUAAGUUUUUCUUUUUUAUUUUCGUAUUAAUGCAUUUAUUUAUCUGCUUUUUUUAAUUUAAAUUAAAAGUAAUGCU